UUAGAGUGAGCGUUGGGGUAUACGUUAAGUCCCAAAUUGAUAAUUCAUAUCGUAGUGUCCAAAAUGUGUGAAGAAUGUGAGUGUUCCACCUGCAUGAAUGACAAGCAGUGCUGCUGGUUCUUUGCAGGGUGGAACAUAGCCACGUCCUUCAUGUGUAUAAUACUAGCAUCUGUACAAAUUCACAAAUACUAUGCUUGGACGCAGAAGGAUGGCAGAAUUCAUGGCAGAGAUCUUCUCGUUCUGAAUAGUCGUAGCGCCACAUAUAAAUUAGCGAUUUGGUCAGUCGUCCUUGCUGCCAGCAUAAUUCACUUAUUGUCUGGGACUCUCCUAAUGAUUGGAUUGUCGAAGGAUAUCAGAUGGUUGUUCUUGGUGGGGAAAACUACGAGUCACAUUUUCCCAUGUGCUAUGCUGUUGACAAUACUCGCUCCAGUUGUCCAUUGCGUAUGCAUUAUUCGCGUGUGCAAGUUCUACAGAAGCCACUGGUGAUAAGAGUAGGUGCCCCAACUGCGAUCUCGUUCUUAAUCAUUCCAAAUUUACGUCGUCUUCAGUGUAUUCUUCCUUUAGCUAUUAAAUUUAAUUGGAAUCGUC